GUCGGUUGUGGGCUGUCGGUAACGUGCCCGUUGUCUUCCCUCUCUCCAGAUGUGGAGUCGGCUGCUGUCCCAGCACUGGGGCCCGGCUCUGCGCCUCCUUCCUGUGGCCGGGAGCCGGGUGGCGACGCGAGGGCCGCGCAUCAUCACCAUGAAGUUCGAGUCGCCGGAUUUCCAGUCCCUCUUCACGCCGGGGCUGAGGAGCGUGGCAGAGUUAUUUGAAAAAGAGAAGUAUGAAUUAAGAAUAGCAGGUGGUGCAGUGAGGGAUUUACUAAAUGGAGUGAAACCAGAAGAUGUGGACUUUGCCACUACUGCUACACCAGCUGAGAUGAAGGAAAUAUUCCAGUCUGCUGGUGUGCGUAUGAUCAAUAACAAAGGAGAAAAGCACGGAACCAUUACUGCCAGGGUCCACGAGCAGAACUUUGAAAUCACAACACUCAGAAUUGAUGUAGUCACUGAUGGACGACACGCAGAGGUGGAAUUCACCACUGACUGGGAGAAAGAUGCCGAGAGGAGGGAUCUUACCAUCAACUCUAUGUUUUUAGGUUUGGAUGGCACCCUUUACGAUUAUUUCAGUGGGUAUAAAGACUUAAAAAACAGGAAAGUUCGAUUUGUAGGAGAUCCGAACCAGAGGAUACAAGAGGACUAUUUGCGAAUCUUGAGAUAUUUCAGGUUUUAUGGAAAGAUAGCUGAGAAACCUGGUGAUCAUGAAACUAAUACACUGGAAGCAAUCAAGACAAAUGCCAAAGGUUUGGCUAGAAUAUCGGGCGAGAGGAUUUGGGUAGAGCUGAAGAAGUUGCUUACUGGAAACCACGUAAAUCAUUUGGUCCGACUUAUGUACGAGCUUGACAUUGCCCCGUAUAUAGGAUUUCCUGUUAAUGGGAGUUUAGAGGAAUUUGACAGAGUCAGUAAAAAUGUUCAGAAUCUCUUUCCAAAACCAAUGACCAUUCUAACAUCGCUGUUCAAGGUGCAGGAUGAUGUCAUGAAACUUGAUCUGAGGCUAAAAAUCUCAAAAGAAGAGAAAAAUCUUGGCCUCUUCAUAGUGAAGCACAGGAAGGACUUAAUCAAAGAAGUGGACAGUCUGGAGCCACUUAAACCAUAUCAAAGCUUUAUUAUAGAUUCUAGGCAACCUGAUACAAAUUCCAAAAUCUGUGAACUUUUAAAGUACCAAGGAGAGGAGCAUCUUCUAAAAGAAAUGCAACAAUGGUCUGUCCCUUCCUUUCCUGUCUCUGGCCAUGAUUUAAUGAAAAUAGGGAUUUCUGGAAAAGAAGUUGGGAUAAUCUUACAACAGUUAAGGGACCAGUGGAAGAAAAGCGGAUACCAAAUGGAUAAAGAAGAACUCUUAAGUUGCAUAAAAAAGGAAUAAAAUUGUAAAGUAAUUAAGAGCUCAUGAUUUAAUAAUGGAGAUGAUUGUAUUUACCGUGUUCCAAGGACAGCCACAGCACCAUGAUGCUGUAGCAUCAGCACCAGCUGGCGGUGAUGCAUUUCCGAGUACGUAAGAUUUUCAAAAGCAGAACUCUUCUCAUGUUUGAAAUUCAUAAUAUGCCCUGCAAACAGGUAUUUAAUUUUGCAGUUGUAUAGGGCUCUGUUUACCAAACCAACUGGAAAACCUACCUUAUGUUUUAAUGGUCAUAUCUGCCACUGGUCUUCAUUGUUCUUAAGGCUCAUAUAGGUGAAGCAAAGAUUUUCCUCAUUCUCUCUUGGCUAUGGCCGACCUGAAUGAUUUAACUGUUCUAAAUAAAACCCUCUUUGUAUCCUUCAUUUUUGUCAGAGGGAGUAACCAACUCUUAGGAGUAAUGAGAUCAAAUAUUUUUUUGUAUUCAGAGCUGGGUGUCAAAUUGAAAUCUUCACUUCAGCAGUUCCCAAACAAGCUAUCUUAUCAUGUGAGACAACCCUGUUUUCCUAAAGGUUUUACUCUUCAUAAUUCCAAAAUCAACUUUUGAUUAAAGGAUCACUUGGCUAAGCCAACAUC